UUUAAUCUAUCCCCCUCACGGUUCAAUCUUUAUCCUCCUUGCUAUUCUUGGUUCGCAGGCCAAACCUAUUCUCUAUUAGAUAUUCGAUUAGAUCGACUUCUUUCUAGCUCGCCCUCUAUCCUCUUUAGUGAUUGCUUAUUCAUUGAUCUACUUGGUGUUCUUUCCUUUGUACCAAAAGAAAUGUUCUAGUUUGUAUACACAACUUGGAAGUGUGAUCUGCGUUGGCUGUGAUUGAUUCAGAAACGCUUAAUUGUUCGACAAAAUGGAAAAUUUUACAAUGGGGGUCACCAUUUUCAAGGGGAACAAUGUUAUAGAGACUUUUGUCAUAUGGAGAACAAGAAAGCGAUUAAAUUGGCAAACUAUUUUAGGGUUUUUUUUCCUUAGAAAAAAAGUUCAAGCUUAUUAAUCUUAGUUCAAUGUGUAUUUAUCAGUGCUCCUAUUUGCAGUGCGCAUUUCUUAAAUUUGUAGAAGCAAUGGGUGUCCGGGGCAGGAAUGGUAAUGAUCGCCUGAGGACUAUCUGGACGCCUGAAAUGGAUAGAUUUUUUAUUGCUCUUCUAUUGGAGCAGGUCAGCAAAGGGAAUAAGUUUGAUGAUCAUUUGUUCAGCAAACGAGCAUGGAAGCAUAUGACCUCUUUGUUUAAUGCCAAGUUCAGAUUUCAGUAUGAAAAGGAUGUUCUGAAAAAUCGGCACAAAACAUUGAGGAAUUUAUUCAAGGCUGUGAAGAAGCUCCUUGAUCAGAAGGGUUUCAGCUGGGAUGAAAAUCGACAAAUGGUGACCGCUGAUAAUAAUGUUUGGGAUGAAUACAUCAAGAUACAUCCUGAUGCACGCGCAUAUAGGAUAAAAACUAUCCCAUAUUAUAAAGAUUUGUGUUUGAUAUAUGGAGACGCUAACAUUGAAGAAAAAGGUGACAAUUUGCCAGUAUUGUUGCCGGAUUCAGCUGGGGAUGAAACUAUCAGUACCUCUCAAGUAGAUAGAGUUUGCGAGGGAGCUCUGGUGACUUUUCAAGAAAUUACAGUUGAUGAAGAUUACAGAAUCUCUGUAACAAAUGUGGUAAUAGAUGAUUCUGCAUCAAAAGAGUUACUAGAUAAUGUCCAUCAGGCUGCAGGAUCUGGAACAGGAAGUAACCGUACUAGGACUUAUUGGCAACCACCAAUGGAUCGCUAUUUCAUUGACCUUAUGCUGGAACAUAUGCGGAAAGGGAAUCAGAUUGAUGGUGUAUUCCGGAAACAAGCAUGGAUGGAUAUGAUAACAUCCUUCAAUGUUAAAUUUGGCUUUAACUAUGAUGUGGAUGUUCUGAAAAAUCGCUACAAAACUCUGAGAAGGCAGUAUAAUGUUAUAAAGAACCUUCUUGAAUUGCCUGGGUUUGCUUGGGAUGACACUCGUCAAAUGGUGACAGCCGAUGACUAUGUCUGGCAGGACUAUAUCAAGACACAUACAGAUGCGAGGCAGUUCAUGACUCGACCCGUCCCAUAUUACAAAGAUUUAUGUAUGAUAUGCAGUGAUCAAAACUUUGAUGAAAGUGACUGCUUCUCUGCUCAAUGCUUGGAGCUGCAAAAUGAUCUUCCAGAGUUCAAGUUCCCUGGUGCUUCACAGAGUUCACAAUCACCAGCUGCAUCAGUUUCCAUGGAAGAAAUUGGUAAUAUGCAUACAAGUCCAGGAACUAUUGUGUUUGAUCAGAUGAAGAAACGUCAAUCGGAAAGCCAGGCAAAUUCUGCGCACUCUAAAAAGGCAAGGGGCAAAGACGAGGGCAUGGCUAGCGCCCUUCGUGAGAUGGCAACUGCAGUUUCCUCAUUAUCAGAUAAAAGGAAGGAUGAGAAUUCAAACUCUAUCUCCAUAGAGAAUGUAAUUAGAACAGUCCAAGCUUUGCCAGACAUGGACGAAGAGCUUAUAUUAGAUGCAUGUGAUUUCUUAGAGGAUGAAACAAAAGCGAAAACCUUUAUGGCACUGGAUGUCAAACUUCGAAAGAAGUGGUUGAUGAGGAAGCUUCGUCCAGAGUUAUAGGUCCAGGCGUUGAGUUGCUAUUCUUUCUUUUUCGAGGGAAAAAUAGACAUCUGGAUUCUGAAUAGUGUACAACUCUAUUAGAUUUUCGGUUGCCAACCAAUAAAUCAACACAGUGGUUAAAAUGUUAUGAAGCGGAUGAUUGUACGCAAAACAACCAUUCGUACCUCUGAA